AUGUGUUUCGUGCCGCCGUCGCAAAGUCCGAUGCGAUCGGGCCAACCCGUGUCGACAAAUCGCAAUGCGCAUGCCGGUCGUGAAUCGGUGCUCUCUACGACUAAUGGAACAAAUUAUCAGAGGCAAAAUGUUGAGAGUAAUAGUGGCCAACCUUCACACACGCCUCACGCUUCAUCGCAACAGGCUGCAUCAACCCCGGGCCAGAUCCAAGGCAUGGUGUCAAAGACAAGAGUGUUCGGGCAGGGACAUUGGAUGAAUAUCUUUUCAUUGACAGAAGGGAUGCCCAGCUUGCAGCCUCUCAUGGGCCUCUACGACACCAUCAUACGAAAUACAAGCCACGGCCCCUUCGAUGCCAUUGCUGAUAAGAUUGCUCAAUGCAAAAAGCUAGCUCGAAGCAUCAAAAGUCAAAGGCCAAGUCGUAGUAGCCUCCCGACACAGAUUCAUCAGUCACUUGCUGGUUCUGAUAUCGUCCUCGAAUUGGCCCAGCUCUAUUUCGCCUCAUUCGAAUCGUGCUACCGGAUACUUCAGAUGACUUCCUUCAUGAAGCAUUGCCAGACGUACCUGAAUAACUACGAAGACACGGAUAUUUGUAUAGCCUUGCAAAUCUUUCUCGUGGUCGCUAUCGCAGGUCCCUUGCAUCAGAUUAACAAUGUUCGUAUAGAUGUGGCGUCAAAAGCUGGGAUGUGGAUUCAUACAGCCCAGACAUGGCUAUCAGCCCCACUGGAAAAGAACCGCUUAACUUUGGGAGCCAUCCAAGUCCACUGCCUUCUUCUCAUAGCCCGCCAAGUAAAUCAGGUUGGCGCCGAUCUGAUCUGGAUUUCCACAGGCUCAUUGAUGAGAAUGGCCAUGCAGAUGGGUCUGCACCAAGAUCCCAACUCUCUGAGUGAGAUGAAGUCUACAGAAAAAGAACUUAGGCGGCAACUCUGGUACACUAUUCUAGAAUUAAAUCUACAGUCAUCCUUGGAUUCCGGGAUGGUACCAAUGAUCGCAACUGGAGACUGGAAUACUGAACCGCCAAAAGAUAACAGCCUCGAAUCCGAGCCAGAGAUAGGCGAAGAGGAAGGUCCAGCGGCUCAUAAGGCGACUAAUCUCCAACCUCUACUGUCAAAGUCAAUACCAGUCCGUCUGCAUGCCUCCAGACUCAUAAACGACUUGCGAGAGGAACCGCCCUACGAUGAGGUCCUUGAGAUCGGUAAAGAACUAGCCUCAGCAUGCCGCGACAUCUCUGUCACGCUUGACCAGAUUAACUCUGCAUCCCCGUUAGAUCAGUUCACAUCCAGCUUCUGCACCCAUCUAAUUCGACGCUUUACCUUGUGUCUUCACUACAAGUUUGCCAUCAUGGCAAGAGCCAAUCCCCUAUUCAGCCACUCUCGCAAGGCCGGUGUCGAAGCCGCACUAGAUAUAAUAGCACUAGUCGAAGACAAUCUGUACGGUCGUGUCCUACGCUGUGGAGGUGGCAUGUUUCGUGACAUCGUGACCCGUGCGGCAAUACUCAUAUUCUCGGAAUCCAGUCCCGACCCAGAAGCGGAAAGUUCAAGUCUAGCGAAAAGAAGGGAUCAUGCUCGGCAGGAAACUCUUCUGCGAGAUGCCCGCUGCGUGGUCCAGUAUGCAAAAGAAAGACUUCAGUACGGAGAGACGAAUGUCAAGGUCUAUAUCUUUUAUAAUAUGAUGUUAGCCCAGGCGGAAGCUAGGCUUAAUGGUCAGUCAGAGGAAGAGGCAGUUUCAAGAACACUGCAUGAAAGCGUGGAUGUUUGCUACAAUAUGAUGCAGGACAUGGUAGCCAGGGCAUCUAUCUCCGCUGGACCUAGUACUGCAUCUCUUGAAGAUAAUCUCGAUGGAUUGGAUCGUUUCGGGGAAGUCUUAGACCGCGGCUUCGAUUACAUCCACGACCGCGACUUCAACUUGGACUUUCCCGACCUGCAACUCUUCUCGGGAUGGUGA